AUGGCCCAGCCUGUAGUAGCCAUGGCCCAGCCUGUAGUAGCCAUGGCCCAGCCUGUAGUAGCCAUGGCCCAGCCUGUAGUAGCCAUGGCCCAGUCUGCAGUAGCCAUGGCCCAGCCUGCAGUAGCCAUGGCCCAGCCUGCAGUAGCCAUGGCCCAGUCUGUAGUAGCCAUGGCCCAACCUGCAGUAGCCAUGGCCCAGCCUGCAGUAGCCAUGGCCCAGCCUGCAGUAGCCAUGGCCCAGCCUGCAGUAGCCAUGGCCCAGCCUGUAGUAGCCAUGGCCCAGCCUGCAGUAGCCAUGGCCCAGCCUGUAGUAGCCAUGGCCCAGCCUGCAGUAGCCAUGGCCCAGCCUGUAGUAGCCAUGGCCCAGCCUGCAGUAGCCAUGGCCCAGCCUGUAGUAACCAUGGCCCAGCCUGUAGUAGCCAUGGCCCAGCCUGUAGUAGCCAUGGCCCAGCCUGCAGUAGCCAUGGCCCAGCCUGUAGUAGCCAUGGCCCAGCCUGUAGUAGCCAUGGCCCAGCCUGCAGUAGCCAUGGCCCAGCCUGUAGUAGCCAUGCAGCGGUCAUGA